GACGCCUCGAGACGUUUGGCGCGCUUGUUUGUGAAAUGUCGAGUCCUCGAGAUAGAAGGACAUAAUUUCGCUGGAAAGUUAUCGUUUCUGCACUUCCUUAGAGUUUUUUUUUUAUAAUUAUAAAUUAAAACAACACUGGUAAUGUCUAAAACGAUGCCUUCAUUUCGCGUGUAAAAUUGGAGAAGGCCACCAGUCAUCCCUUUUCACGUCUGAAAACUGAUAAUGGCCAAUCCCAUGAGAAGCGCUGUUAUCACUUUGUACAAAAAUCUGCUGCAUCUUGGACGGGACUACCCCAAAGGUAGAGAUUACUUCAGAAAUCGGCUGAAGGCUGCAUUCAUGAAGAACAAAGAUGUGACGGACCCAGAAAAGAUCAGAGAGCUCAUUGCCCGGGGCGAGUUUGUCAUAAAAGAACUUGAGGCGCUCUACUACCUGCGCAAGUAUAGAGCCAUGAAGAAGCGUUACUAUGAGUCCAAGUAAUAUCCCAAAAUGUACCGCAAUGCUGGACAAACACUGUCAAGAUGUUUAAGCUUUCUGUGCAAGCAUAGUCCCCAUGCCAAAAUAUUCUUGUUUGUAUAUAGCUGUCACAGAGAAGACUAAUCAAGGACCUAACCCCAACCAGGGAUUUCCUCAAUAUAAA